GCGUGGCUUUUGGCGAGCGCAGCCGCGGCCCGGCGCGCUGACGGCGGGUGCCCGUCCCCGAUAAGCGCUGCCCCCUUAUCGCAUCGCUCCCCUUUGAUGUCGCCGCCGGUUCCGCAGAAUCCUCGUGGCCCGCAGCACAAAGCGGCCCUUGAGGCUGCCGGAGGUGACAGAGGUGACAGAGGUGCCAAUGGAAAGCGGAGGUCGGCACAUCAGAGCCGGCGCUGCUCCCGGGAUAAAAGCGGGAGCCCGGGCCGCGCCGCGUCCCCGAGGAGUGCUCGGCACCAUGAAGUGGCUCCCGGUGGUCCUGGCGUGCCUGCAGCUGGCCCAGGGGGCGGUGAGGAUCAGCCUGAGGAAGGGCCUGUCCAUCCGGGACAGGAUGAGGGCAGCCGGGGUGCUGGAUGAUUUCCUGAAGCACAUUAAAUACGAUUCGGUGAAGGGACACCGGCCCAGGCAGGGCUCCGUGGUGAGGGAGCCCAUAACCAACCACCUGGACUCCUCCUAUUUUGGGGAGAUCAGCAUCGGGGAGCCCCCCCAAAAGUUUUUGGUGCUCUUCGACACCGGCUCCUCCAACCUGUGGGUGCCCUCCAAGGACUGCAAGAGUCCUGCUUGCUUCAACCACGCCAAGUUCAAGCCCGGGGACUCGGCCACCUUCUCCCCCGGGGAUGGCUCCCACACCGUGUCCUACGGCAGCGGCGCUGUCACCAUCGUGCCGGGCUCCGACACGCUCCGGAUCCAGAGCAUCACGGUCACAAACCAGGAGUUCGGGCUCAGCCAGGACGAGCCCACCCAGCCCUUUUACUUCGCGGAUUUCGACGGGAUCCUGGGCAUGGCCUUCCCCUCCCUGGCAGUGGGAGGGAUGGCCACGGCCCUGGAGGGGAUGCUGGACCAGGACCAGCUCGCUGAGCCCAUCUUCAGCUUUUACUUCUCACGCCAGCCCACCUACGAGUACGGGGGAGAGCUCAUCCUCGGGGGAGUGGACCCUCAGCUCUUCCAGGGGGACCUGACGUGGGCGCCGGUGACACAGGAGCUGUACUGGCAGGUGGCACUUGAGCAGUUUGCCGUGGGGCAGUCAGAGAGCGGCUGGUGCAGCCAGGGCUGCCAGGCCAUCGUGGACACGGGGACAUUCCUGCUGACUGUGCCCCAGGAGUACCUGGAGAGCAUCCUGGAGGCCCUGGGAGCCCAGGAGACCAGCUACGGGUACGCCGUGGACUGCAAUGACACCCAGAGCCUGCCCCCGCUCACCCUGGGCAUCGGCGGCGCUCAGCUCCCGCUCUCCCCCUCCGCCUACGUGCUGAACAGCAAUGGGUACUGCACGCUGGGCAUCGAGGUCACCUACCUGCCCCCGCAGGACGGGCAGCCCCUCUGGAUCCUGGGGGACGUGUUCCUGCGGGAAUACUACACCGUCUUCGACAUGGCCAACAACCGCGUGGGCUUCGCCCCCUCCGCCUAGAGGAGGGGGGAGGAAAUUCCAGCCCCUCUCCUGGCCCAUGGAAUGGCACAGCAUUCCCAGGGACUUCUGUGUUCUCCUGUGCCGCAGCAUCCCCAGGGACUUUUCUGUUCUUCCAGCCCCUGGAAUGCCACAACAUUCCCAGGGAAUUUUCUGCCCUCCUGUGCCACUC